UUGCACAGUUUUUUUUAUUGUGUUAUCUCUGCACCUUUUUAAGUUAAAAUACAUGUUCUAAACACUUUUGCUUUUUAACACCCAUUGGAAAUUGUUGCUCCAAUUUCAUCAGAAGGUUUUGCUUUCUUAGCUACUUUCAUAAAUUCUGAGGCCACCCAAGUGUGUCUGUCAAUGCUGUUGCUAAAUUAGACUUGUACCUCGAUUUUUUUGGUUGUUGUUGUUGUUUUUUUGCUAAGACAUUUUUAUUUAAAAAAAAAAAAAAAAAACUUCGGUUGAUUAGAAUUGAGCCUCAAGGAAACAAUUCCAAGUCAUACUUUCCUCUCAGUCUUAUGCAUAUCUGUUUUUCAGUUGAGGCACAUUCAAAAGAAAAAAAAACAAAACAUUUCUUUAACCAAUCAGAUGUUCAGAGAUCUGCUUUAUACUAUCAGUAUUUGCACGGUGGCCUCAGAGAUUCAAAAGAACAAAGCUGCUAGAUAUUUGAUAAUCGGUCAACCCCGGUUUUUAGUGUCCACUUCUUUUACCGUUCGAAUUUAGUCUCUUUAUUUUCUCCCCUCUCCUUUUUGGUUUUUGUUUGUUUGUUUGUUUGUUUGUUUUCCUCCCUGUUUUUAGAUCAUGUGUAGACCUUGGCCUUUCAUUUUCAUGAUUCAGCGAGGAGAGUUACUCCUCUCUCUCCCGCUCUAGCAGGAUCUUCAUUUACUCUCUUCAUCUUUCACGCUGCUCUGAUCCCCUGACGCUACCUUUAAAAACACACACACACACACACACACAAAGACAAACCCAGCGUGUGAUUUGACUUUUUUCUCCUGGUACGGAUCGUGCCCCCCCCCCGUCCCCACCCCGGGUGAUGCCGAGCGGCAGUAAAAGUGGGGGUGCGCCCGGCCCCACCUCUCCACCCCACGUGACCUCGCCUUCACGCCCCCUCCGACCCAGCCGCUAUGUGCCCGUCUCCGCGGCGACGGCCUUCCUGGUGGGCUGCACCACCCUCUUCUUCUGCUUCACGUGCCCCUGGCUCUCGGAGCAGUUUUCGGUCGCCGUUCCGAUAUACAACGGGGUUAUGUUCCUGUUCGUCUUGGCCAAUUUCUGUAUGGCCACAUUUAUGGACCCUGGCAUCUUCCCUAGAGCUGAGGAAGACGAGGAUAAGGAAGAUGACUUCAGGGCACCGCUGUAUAAGACGGUGGAGAUUCGGGGCAUUCAGGUGCGGAUGAAGUGGUGCUCCACCUGUCGCUUCUACAGGCCCCCCCGCUGCUCUCACUGCUCAGUGUGUGACAACUGUGUGGAGGAUUUUGACCAUCACUGCCCUUGGGUGAACAACUGCAUUGGACGGAGGAAUUACCGUUAUUUCUUCCUGUUCCUGCUGUCCCUGACGGCCCACAUCAUGGGCGUUUUUGGCUUCGGUCUUCUCUUCAUCCUCUACCACACGCAGCAGCUGGACCGCGUCCACUCUGCUGUCACUAUGGCCGUCAUGUGUGUGGCUGGGCUGUUCUUCAUCCCGGUCGCUGGCCUUACUGGUUUCCACAUCGUGCUGGUGGCACGAGGCAGGACCACCAAUGAGCAGGUGACGGGGAAGUUUAGAGGCGGCGUUAACCCUUUCACUAACGGCUGCUGGCGGAAUGUGUCACACGUGCUGUGUAGUUCCCAGGCGCCCAGGUACCUGGGGAGGAAGAGGAAGGCUCAGGCCGUGGUGGUGCAGCCGCCCUUCCUCCGCCCGCAGCUCUCUGACGCUCAGCUCGCCGCCAAGGUGCUCGACAACGGUAUCCAAGGCGACCUGCACAGGUCUAAGAGCAGCCUGGAGAUGAUGGAGAGUCAGUCUGCCGACGCUGAGCCCCCACCUCCCCCCAAACCAGAACUCAGAUAUCCUGGGCUGUCCCGAGGCCCCGGCAGCCACAGCGAAGAGAGCAGUCUGUUGAAUAAAGCUCCACCUACACCCACCAUGUUUAAGUACAGACCCACAUAUAGCAGCCCAGGAAAGAACCACACUGCCCUCACGCAUGCCUACGCCAACCAGAUGAGUCGUGGGGACAGUCUGAAGGAGUCUUCCUCCUCCUCUCUCCUCCAGUCCAGUCAGCAGCCUGGCUACCGCUCUGAGCCCAGCCUGGACGGCCGUGAGGGGGGAGGAGGAGGGGAACGGGGCGUGUCCGACAGACCCAGCGGGGCCCCCGGGGGACCGCCGGGCCCGGGCAUUCCCGGAUAUUCCCUGGGCGGUCGCUCGUACCCCUCCUUUUCCGACCCAACCGUGCUCUCUGGCGUGGCCUCACGGUCUUCCAGCGUGCGCUCUGCCCACAACGCCCCGCCCUCGGAAGCUACCACUUCCACCAGCUACAAGAGCCUAGCCAAUCAGACGCCUCCGCCCCCUCGCAACGGCAGCCUAUCCUACGACAGCCUGCUUACGCCUUCGGAGAGCCCGGACUUCGAGCCGGCCGGCCAGGAGAUGUCGCCGGGGCGAACGCGCACGCCCGUGCAAGGCUACAGCUCGCCUUUCCUGUCCGCUCAAAUCGCUCAGCAGAGGGAGGCGGAGCUUCACCAGCCCUCCGCCCCCUCCGCAUCGCUGCUCUCCUCUCCGCAUCGCGCCGCUUACCUGCGCGGCUCCGCCUCCUCCCCGCCCCCCGGGCCGGAGAGGGAACGCCUCCUGCAGGACCCCGCCCAGCCCACGCCCCCCCCCCACCACCAUCACCACCACCACCACCACCACCAUCACCACCACCACAGCUCCAGGCCCCCCCGCUUCUCUCGGCCCCCCCUCCUGUCCGACUCGGGCCCCCCUCCGCCCGCGUACCCGUACCGCACGCGCUCGACCGACACCCCUCUGCCCCCCUCCACGCACCCACCUCGUUCCCCCCACCCGCCCCCGCUAGGCAAGUCCCUGUCCUACUCCAGUGCCGCUGCUGCCGAGAUGCAGUACCGCCUGGUGCGCAAAGCCUCUGCCUCCGCCGGGGGAGGGGGCAUCCAAGCGCCAAAGGACGAGGUUCAGAUGAAGUCCUAUAGUCGAACAAACGGGCAACCCAGAUCUCCUCUUUCUCAAUCUCCUUCUUCCUCUACCCCUUCCUCCCCCUCUCACCCAAUCAGCCUCUCCACUCGCCCGGGACAGGCCUAUCCCAGCGCUGCUUCUUCUCAGAGCCCCGCCCAUAAGCCUGGGGGUGGGGUGAAGAAGGUGACGGGCGUCGGAGGGACCACUUACGAGAUUUCAGUCUGAAAUGAUGGGCGGCCGCUUCGACCAAUGGGGGACCUAGGGCGGGAUCACAUACUGCCUAACCCUUAAGGAGAGUAGAGCCUUACUAUUGGAGGAGAGAGAUACCAUGUGUGUGUGAUGGACUUUUAUUUACACACAAGAUGGAGACUCUUUAUUCUCUCCUAAAGUGAUGGACUCCAUAUUUCUCCUUUAUUUUAAUAUCAGAACAGAAAUUGGGGCAAAACAGAAAAAAAAAAAAAUCUGUUCCUGUUAAGUGCUUGGUCAGCUAAAACCUAAUGACGGGGAGGACCUGAGUCACCUAGCCAAUCCCCUGUCUCUUUGAAGCAGGACUUCCUGAUUAUUCCACCAAUGAGGUGUUCUAAAACUGUAGGUGUGAAAAACGUGACUGGAUUGCCUUCGGAAAA